AUGCCCGGGGAUAUACAAUCCUCCGCCCUACCACCCGACCAACUCGAUGCUCUCGCAGCGCAGCUCACCCAAGCAGCCACAUGCCUCCGCCAAAAUAGCAACUCCUCCAAUGGCAACGGCACAAAUAAGGAGAACCUGGGCACCGCCCCAGCUGUGGGAAACGCAGGUAUCGCGACGGCGCUGCGCAACCUAAUGACGCCUAAGGAACACUUCUUGGACCUGAUGCUUAUUCCCGCGGCCAUGGGCGUCCUGCGCGUCUUCCUCCACUGGGGCGCCCUCGAACGCAUCCCGCGCGACUGCAUCACGCCGAUCUCGUACACCAAGCUCGCCGAGCAGUUGGGGGCUGAGGUCGAGCUUGUUAGACGCCUCGCGUGGACACUCGUCGCGGCGGGCUUCCUCAAACAGGUUGGAACCGACCAAUUAGUCAACACGCCCAACUCGGUGGUUCUGAUCGACAACCCCACGAUGAAGGGGAUUUUGGACGUGGUUUCCCAACAAGUCUCGGCGGCAAUGGCCUUCCCCAAAUACUUCGAGCACUACGGCCGGGUCGAACCGACCCAGCAGCGCGGCAGCCCGUGGACAUUUGCGCGGGGACAGCCUGAUAAGACCAUCUGGGAGAUCAUGAAGGAGGAUCCGGACGAGGUGGAAGGGUUCGCAAAGUCCAUGCGUAACAGUUCAAGAUUCUAUCCAAUGCCGGGACCAUACGAUUUCUCCUGGAUCAUUGACCAUCCCAUUGAGGACAAGACUCGACCACUGCUCGUCGAUAUCGCCGGCAGCGAUGGCGAAGCUUUGCUGUCGAUCUUGCGGAACACUCCCGGUUUGCUGCCCGAGCGGUGUGUGCUCCAAGAUUUGCCGCACGUGCUGGAUGACGUGGUCGUAACGCGACCGGAGGAGGAGAUCAAGGCGUUGAAGAAGGUGCCGCUUGACUUUUCAAAGGAGGAGCCGGUGAAAGGAGCCCUUGUCUACCAUAUCCGCCGUACCUUGCACGAUUACUCCGACACCGACGCGCUCAACAUACUGCGGCUGAUUUCCAAGGCCAUGGCGCCUGAUAGCCGACUGUUGAUCGUCGAGUUGAUCAUGAAUAACCCGGCGACGCCCCUUGCGGCCGCUGUGGACUUGUUUAUGUGUAUCACUGCGGGAAAGGAACGCACCAUUGAGAUGUUUGAGCGUUUGACUGCUGAUGCCGGGCUGCGUAUCACGCGUGUUGUUCCUGGAAAGACCAGCGAGAUGGGAGUACUAGAGUGCAUGAAGUAG